CUGCUCAUUGGUCAAGGGAACAGUGAACAGUGUCAAGUGGCACAUGCCUCUUGGCCUGUUUCUCGCGUGUCGCAAAUGCGACCCCAAGCCCCAAACUUUACCCCUUGCUUAUAGUCCCAGCGACAAGGCUGAUGCCUGAAUUCUUGUAGCAUAGUGAAAAUUUUUAACAUAUUUAUUGUUUAUAACGUCCGAAUCUGAGGAGCUUCAGAUCCCAAAUUCCCAGAUUUUCCUUCUCAAGCUUCACUUGUGUUCGAUCUCGCGCCCAAUCUUCCUCCGGUGGUGCUCGGAUCGGAAAACCGUUCCGUCCUCCUCAUCUGUGGUGGUCCGUCUUGGUGCUUUCUCCGUCGUGAUUCUGGUCCGGUGUUCGAUUACUGUUCUGAGCAUCAGGGUAAUUGAAGGUGGCUCUCUGAAUCUAAAAGCUGGAUGAUUGCAGGGUGAUUAAAGGUUUACAAAUCCGAAGGACAACCUAUAUAAUGUGAUCAUAUACAAAGUGGAUUCUUCAUGUUGAGAAUUGUGAUCAACCUUUUCUUUGUUGCUGAAGUGGAGUCUAAAUGAAUAUAAAGGGCACAGCUUUUCUGAUUUUUGGGUGUAUCGGGCUGCAUGCUUAGACUAGUCUGGAUCUUGUUCUGGUGACUGCCUUAAUCCAAAUAUCUGUGUUCAUUCUGUUCUGCCUUUGACCAGCAGGCAAAGCUGAGAAUUGUUGAUUGUGUUCCAACAAUGAAUAACUCAAGUUUAGGAGGUCGAUUUUUAUCCAAUCCCAGUGGAGGGAUAUUGGACCUGGAAUUGCCAUUCAACAGAAAUCAACAUGCUCAGUUGGGUCACCCAUCAGUGACCAGCCAAAAUCAAAUGGCUAUGGUGAGUGGUUUAGAAAAUGAUCACCCAGUCGGGCUAUUAGAAGUGAAAGGCUCAAACACAACAGUGAAUUUUGGUAAGGGAAAAGCGGCAGCUCUCACUAUUCCCACCAAUAGUGAUGAUAUGAGUGAAGAGGAUGAACCAAGUCAUGCAGAAGAUGCAAAUUGCGAGAACUAUGACGGUGGGAAGAACAAAAAGAGAUCUCCAUGGCAGCGAAUGAAGUGGACUGACAAUGUAGUUAGGCUUCUUAUAGGGGUGGUAGCUUGUGUGGGUGAUGAUGGGACAAUUCAAGGCAUGGAUGGUCAUAGAAGACGAUCCGGGUGUCUACAGAAGAAGGGUAAAUGGAAAACGGUUUCCAAGAUAAUGAUAAAAAAGGGUUGCCAUGUUUCGCCGCAACAGUGCGAGGACAAAUUCAAUGACUUGAAUAAGAGGUACAAGAAGCUAAAUGAUAUACUUGGAAGAGGAAUUAGCUGCAAAGUGGUGGAGAAUCCUGCAUUGAUGGAUUCAAUGCCCAACCUGUCAACAAAAACAAAGGAUGUGGUUCGAAAGAUUUUGAGCUCAAAGCACUUGUUCUAUAAGGAGAUGUGUGCUUACCAUAAUGGACAAAGAAUACCAAACUGCCAUAAUCUUGAUCUGCAUGCCUAUUCUCUACAACAAGGGAGGGAUUCGAGAGACAAUGAUGACUCAGAGGAGGAAGCUGAGGACUUAAAUGAAAGUGAGGAUGAUGAGUUAGAUGAUGAAGGUAAUCAUGAUGCUCGUGGUGAUGCAGAGAUGAUGGAAGAGCACAGUGGAAAGAACAAUAACGACAAUGAUGACCGUGGCGGCCCACAAUCUUCUAGGGUGGAAAAAUUUGAAGCUGAAAUGGCAAGUAUUUUUCAAGACCCCCUCAAGUCAGGAUGGGAACGAAGUCAGUGGAUUAAGAUACAGAUGUUGCAGCUGCAAGAGCAAAAAGUGACUUGCCAAGCCCAAAGUCUUGAACUUGAGAAGCAGCAUUUUAAGUGGCUAAGAUACUGCAGUAAGAAAGAUAGGGAGCUAGAGAGGUUGAGGCUGGAGAAUGAAAGAAUGAAACUGGAGAAUGAGCGUCGAAUCUUGCAACUGAAGCAGAAGGAGCUUGACUCAGAUUUAAGGAGGUCUGAGAUGUCCAUAGCCCCUUUCUCUCUUGGAACUAGCAGGAUGCAAGGUGGGGAACAUAUCAACCUGGGCAGACAGCUGUAGGACAUGUUUGGAAAAGAUUCGUAUCCUUGCUUAUUACGUAGUGCAUGAAAUGAAAACCCGCUGUUGAAUCUGUUUUAUAUUUUGUUGCAACCAUAAAAAUUCACAUGGCAGGUUAAAUAUAUAAGAUGCAUUGUCAUGGGAAAUGACUGAUGUUCUCAUUU